AUGGCGAAGCGCGCUUUUUACAAACUGCUGCGAGUUCAGGAAGUUGACAGCCCACUGCAGUGUGAAAGGACAAUCGAGGGAUCUUUAAACCUCCACAAAACGACUCAAAAACCCAAACAUUUGGACAUAUUUGUUUCAGAACUGCUCAACCGAAUUCUCAGGAGGAGAUCUAGCUGUUCCCCACACCUCUCUGUCAUCAUGGACUCCUCCCCAGUCCUCCGUCUGCAAAGUCAGAGCAAAAUCCGAAGUGACUUUCAAAGAAUGAAGAAUGAACACAACAAAAUGCCAGCUCAAAAAAAGCCUUGCAAACCCAAGUCUGCACCUCACCUUCCUGACCACAAUACUGAGAACCAGGAUCCAGAAAACUCCCAAAAGGGCAAGAAAACACCUGUGCGACCAGGUGGGAGUAGGCUCCCGGUGCUCGCAAAGUCUCUCCGUCUUCAGACUCCCUCUGACUUCAGUCAAUCACACUGUAGAUGGGAGGAAAAACCUCUGGCUGGUAAAACUAAGAAGAAAAGGCCAUGCACCAGGCCCAUACCUUUUAACUUCUCGCAGCCUAAGAGCUUGAGAUUGGCCUCUGAAAAUCAACAGCCCCUAAUACUUUCACAAACAAGGACCGGCACUCAUCCGGUCCAACCUGAUAACAGUGCAUGCAAUGCUCGUUUAAAAACCCAAAACAUUAAUGACAAAUCUACAAAACACCCAGCUACAUUAAACAGCAACGUGGACUCAAGCACCGGCACAGGGAAGUCUAUGGGGAAGGCAGCAGACAAUACACCACACCUGCCUGGACAGUCUGUCUCUUCCAUUACAUUUAAGACUUCAGCUGUUUCUAAUAAUGUUUUGCAUCAAGACCACAGCAGUACUUCUUCUGUACAGUCUAGCCUUAGUACAGAGGCAUGUUUGGAUAACAUGAACCAGCUCAGUCUCAAAGAAUCCACCAAGUUCUCCCAAGCUUGCCAGAAUAUGCCGCUCAAAAGUUCAACAGAAAAAGUGGAGAACUUCCAGACCAACCAUGCAGCUUUGCUCAGUAUCCUCCGAAAUGAAGGACUAAGUGCUGCAGGUUUGGGAUCUACAACUCCACAGUCUAAACCUUAUAACUAUGCGCCCCAGCGAGUGUCUGUCAUGAUGAGUCGACAAAAACCUGGAGCUCCCACUGGCCCAGUGAGGCCGAUGCAGUUCUCCCCAGACCCUGCAGCACUGCACAGUAUCCUGCAGAAUGAGGGAGUGAAGGCUGGGGGUCCUGUUGGUACCACACCUCAAAAUCCGGUCCGUCCAUCAGGCAGAGGCACUUCAAUCUUUACAGCUCAGAGGGUCCCGGUUAGAAAGAAUCAGUCAGAAGCUGCUGGAGGACCAGUAGCAGUAGCACUAAAAGAAACUCCACAGAAGAAAUGGACUCCACAGAGAGUCCGUGACACCCGGCAUCAGCCCAUGUCUGCUAUGAAAUGGCAUCUGUCGACACAACAGUCACCGUAUGGCAACACUCCUGGGUUGCGAAGCUUCAAAACCAACCUUCAGCCCCGCCAGGAGGAAGUGGUUCAGAGAUUGUUUGACGAUACAGAGGGCCAGUACCGAGAGAAUGUGAUGGAGAAAGAUCCCGAGACACAAACAGAGCAGCUCCUAGUACAGGUCGAAACUGAAGGGAGUGACCUGAAGAACAAUACCCGAUGUGAAAGAAAGGUGGGGACCAGCAAGGAUGAUAAUGAUGAUGAGAAGAAGGAACAAGAGCACAGGAUUGUGGGAAGACAGCCAUUCUUCCAAGCACCACAGAGGGAGUCUGUCAUUUUUUUCUCAACUGGCAAAAAGCUGCUAAGAGCUCCUCGUUUUGAGAAGCAGGAGAGCUCAGUCCAUCAAGAGCAGCUCAGCCCAGUUUCACCAGAACAGACGAAGAUGCUGCCAGUGCAUGAAGACAAGUCCUCUGUGCCAGAACCGACAUGUCACAUCAUCCCUGCUGUUCAGAGUCUGCACAGAGAUCUCAUUGUACAGAAGACCUGUUCUAAGAGUCCUGCAGUUGCACUGCUGCGUAAACGCCUCCCUCAGCUGGAGGAGCUGCGCCUGGAUGAGGAGGUGGCCACCUACACAUCUGUGACGGUCCAGGCUGCUCCAGGGUUUCUCCCUCCUCGUCCCCGCUGUGGAAACCCAGUGGCUUCAUUCCUGCACUUUGAAGAGUUCUCUAGAUUUGUUCCAAUCAGCUGUGGUCUUUCGUCUGGCUCUUCUUCUCCAGAGAGCUCUCCCCUGCACGAGAGAUGAUUUGCACUACAAGAACACUCAACGUUUUACAGUCACUGACUCCAUAAGCUUACUCUGUUGAAAUGAGGAGACCUAUGUAAGAAGUGACUUUUGUCAAACACUGGUGUUGCGGACCUAAAUGAUAGUCCAAAGAACGCUACUGUAUCUUUUUAUAGAAACUUUUUCUUUUAUAAAAAUAGAUGUUUUCUUAAAAAAAAUUAUAUUUCUGGUAAAAUGUCCAUCCUUUAUACUACAGGCCCCAAAUGUAGAUAAAUGCCUAUUAGAAGCAAUGGUACUGACUUGAAUGAAUAAUACAUAUUGUAAAAAAUAAUGUAUGAAACAGUCACAGAAGGCUUAAUCAGUAUUACAGCUAUAGUAUUCAUAGAGAGUAGGAUGGAUCAGAGUAUUUUGUCUUCACAUUUUUAACACACCAGACUCUCUUUGUGUGGAUCGAUUGUUCUUGGUGUACAGUGCUAAUAAUAAAUUUCUAUGUCAGUG